AUGACGAGCAAUGAGGCCGGCUCCCGCUUCAGCUCUCUCACGAGCACCAGUACCGACAGCACCCGAUCAUCGGCCACCGUGAGACCCUCCAGCAACCCCGUUCCAUCAUCGCGUAUGUCGUCCAUGCGCCUGAAGAUGGAGGGCAAUGGGAAUGGAUCUCUCGCAGACAAAUCUUUCAUUAGUGAUUUGAGUCCAGCCGACCCGUCCGCCUCCUCCCCUUCUGCCUCUGCGCCGCGCGGAGCUUUGUCACCAGGAACACCAAAGUCCAAUGCCUCGUCCUCUCGCGAUCAUCGCCUGAGCGACUUCGGCAACUAUCGUCGAGACCUGGCCGUCCUAGAGAACUUUGGCGGCCGUCUGCCCUCCAACCAACACAAUCCUCCCACGUCCACUCCCUCCUCCGCCUCUCAGAUAGCUCCCUGGAUGUCGCCAUCCAACGGCGGUGCCACCGCAUCCACGCCUCAGAGCCAGCUCAAUACUACCUUUUACAACGAUUCGAGCGAUAACUUGUCCGUCGCCUCGCAGCUCUCGCCUGGCUUCCGUCCGCCUACAAAUCGCCUUGCGCCGCAAUCUUCUGGCAGCCAAGAUUCGCCUGAGGUGGCAUACUUUGAAGACGAGCGAAGGCCUUCUCUGGCUAGCAUAACAACGUUGAGUAGUCAGGGCUCCAAGACGAGCGUUCGAAGAGGUGGAUUGCAAAAACUGCAGGGUUUCUUUGGGGAGGAAUUUCCUGGGCGAGACGGUUCCGAGAGUAGUUUGCAUUCGAGUUCUGGCAGGGACCGCUCGCGGUCCUACAGCCACAGCCGCCCUACCAGAGAUCGCAACUACUCUAACGCGACAGACCAUGCACGAGACCGAGAAGCUUCGCCUUCAUCAUCGAGACCAAGAACGCCUGUACCGGCUCCUGAAGUUGUUCCAUUCCUCUACCAAGAGGCUGAUGAUAUUGCCAGGUUCGGCGAAGCCCCAGUCAGAGACAUUUUGAGCGGUCCCGACCGCGAACGUUACAUGAACAACGAAAAUCCCAACAACCCGCAAAAUCCACCAAAGACGUCCUCAUCCAACCGCUCCGGCCACUCAAUCGUGCAUCUUCCCGGCCACCACCACCGCCACAACAGGAGCAUUGAUGAUGGCAGGGCACUGCGACCAACUGUAAGCAGGGAAGAUUCGCAGGCCAGCUUGCAAGUACAGCAGAACCCCCGAGAGCGUGGUGGUUCAGCAGCCACCGUCAUGUACGGCUCCAAUCGAUCCCGCGCCCAAAGCCCGACGCCGAGCGGCGGCUACUUCAGCUCGAGACAUGGCACUGUCGAUGGCUCGACGUCGCCUGGCGGCCAGCACCAACACCAGCAGCAACAGCAACAGACGCCGCACCACUCCAAGAGAAAUCUACUGCAUCGUCUACGACGGAACAAGGACAAAGAUGAUGGAACGUCUAGAUUACGCGACCUCCCGGGCUCGACUCGGUCAUUGGCCGCCAAGCCUUCCCGACCAGAAUUCGCUAGACCCGAGCUAUCACCUUCAACCUUCCCGCUCGCCUCCUCUGGCACCGAGCCUGGUCCGGACCAGGACCCUCGACUGGCAGCGUACAACCAACGAAACCAGACCUUCAACAACAGAUUCCCAUUUUCCAAAAGCAAAGGUCGGCAACAACGGCCGACAGACACGCAAGAUGAGCAGAUCGGACCGACCGAUAGGCAGCCCGGAGCACACAGCAAUGCCGGACUACUUGGGGGGAUUAUCUUGGAUACCAACCUGAAUGAUAUGGACGGUAUUCUUACGAAACCGCAGCCUCUGACACCCAUGGAUAACGGCUUGUUCUCAAACAUUAGCGAUCUCGAAAAGGUCGAACAACCCCCUCCAGUGCCUGCGAAGCCCGAUGCUGUCCUUGGACCCAAUGGGUCUUGGAACGCGCCGGACAGCUGGGCUGUGCGCCGUAACACAGAGGACACCACGUACCAGGCGCCAGACAUCGACGAUAUUGGCAGUCCACCUCGGCCCGACGAGAAGAUGACACCUUACUGCAUUCGCAUCUUCAGAUCCGACGGGACGUUUGCGACUUUGUCCAUGGCCCUUGAUGCUAGCGUUACCGAUGUUAUAUCUCAACUUAUUAAGAAGACUUAUGCGACGGAUGGGCUGGAGAAUUACCACAUUAUUUUGAAGAAGCAUGACUUGGUCCGGGUGCUCGGUGCUCCCGAGCGACCACUUUUGAUGCAGAAGCGGCUGCUGCAACAAAUUGGGUACGAGGAGCGGGACCGGAUCGAAGACGUUGGUCGGGAGGACAACAGCUAUCUGUGCCGGUUCAUGUUCCUUUCCUCGAGAGAAAGCGACUUCCACUCCGUCACGAACGACCUCGGACUUGGACGCAUACAGAAGUUCAACCACGUCGACCUUGCCGGCCGCAACCUCAUCACAAUUCCGAUCUCGCUCUAUUCAAAGGCCUCUGAGAUUAUAUCGCUAAACCUAUCACGCAACCUUUCCCUGGAUCUCCCCCGCGACUUCAUUCAAUCAUGUCAAAACUUGAGAGACAUCAAGUUCAACAACAACGAAGCACGACGAUUACCACCCAGUCUAGGCAAGGCGGCAAAGCUGACGUACCUCGAUGUGUCUAACAAUCGAUUGGAACAGCUGGACCACGCAGAACUAAACGGUCUACAGGGCAUACUCAAGCUCAACAUAGCCAAUAACCGCCUCAAGGCCCUUCCGCCGUAUUUCGGUGCCUACAGGGCUCUGCGGAACCUCAACAUCUCAUCCAACUUUCUGGACAAGUUUCCGUUGUUCCUUUGCCAGGUGGAGACUCUCGUUGAGUUGGACCUCAGCUUCAAUUCGAUCAGUAGUCUACCUAACGAGAUCGGGAGACUGAGAAACUUGGAAAAAUUCGUGAUAACCAACAACAGGCUGUCAAAUGCGCUGCCCGAAACUUUCAGCGAGUUGCAAGGCCUCCGAGAGCUGGAUAUCAAGUACAACGCCAUCACGAGCAUCGACAUCAUCUCACUACUGCCCAAGCUAGAGAUUCUUUCAGCAGACCACAACAGUAUCUCACAAUUCAUCGGCAGUUUCGACAGGAUACGGAGCUUGAAAUUGAACUCCAAUCCGAUCACUAAAUUCGAGAUCAACGAGCCAGUUCUGACAUUAAAGAUGCUAAAUCUAUCUCACUGCCAACUCGCGAGUAUCGACGAGACAUUCAACAUGAUGUUAAACUUGGAGCGUCUCGUGCUGGACAAAAACUACUUCGUGUCCCUGCCACCACUCAUCGGGAACCUAAGCAAGUUGGAGCACUUCAGUAUUGCGAACAAUAACGUAGCGGAACUGCCCCCUUCCAUAGGAUGUCUUACGGAGCUGCGAGUGUUGGACGUGCGGAGGAACAACAUCAGGAAACUGCCGAUGGAGCUGUGGUGGGCGAAUAAGCUCGAGACCUUGAACGCAUCUUCCAACAUUUUGGAGAACUUCCCCAAGCCGGGCUCAAGACAACCCCGGCCGUCGGGCGAAGAAGCACAGACGCCAUCUGCUGUGAACAAGCCCAACCCAAUGGAGCGCAUCGCUCAGUCUCCGUUGGAAGAAUCACCAGAUGCAUCCAGGAGACCGAGCCAGAACUCGUCGUCAACCUUGCUGAGCGUUGGACCGUCGCCUGUACCAGGUGGUGGCGACAGGAAGAGCUCUGUGGUGUCAGUAUAUGGUAAGGGUGGCCGAAAGACGUCAGUUGUGUCUAGGUCUACAUCGCAAGGCACCGUGCCGCCAUUACCACCCUCUGCAACCGCAAGGAAAGACUCCAGUCUGUCAUCAAGGCUGUAUACGACUUUUGCCGGAUCUUUGCGCAACCUGUACUUGGCCGAGAACAAGCUUGACGACGAAGUUUUUGACCAGAUUACGAUGCUCAACGAGCUACGCGUCCUCAACCUGUCUUGGAAUUAUAUCAACGACAUGCCACAAAGAUCAAUCAAGAGCUGGCCUCAGAUGGUGGAACUUUAUCUCUCUGGUAACGAGCUGACGACGUUGCCGGCUGAUGAUCUUGAAGAUGCCAGUCUGUUGCAAGUGUUACACAUCAACGGGAACAAGUUCACCAACCUGCCGGCCGACAUUUCCAGGGCUAAGAAACUUGCGGUGUUGGACUGUGGCAGCAAUUCCCUCAAAUACAACAUCUCCAAUGUUCCGUACGACUGGAACUGGAAUCUCAACCCGAACCUCAGAUACCUCAAUCUUUCGGGCAACAAGCGCUUGGAAAUCAAACAAACCGCAGUUGGUCCGACGGUGACGAACCGAGAGUCUCUCGCCGACUUCAACAGGCUCUCCAACCUGAGGGUACUAGGUCUCAUGGAUGUCACCCUUACACAACCUACGAUCCCGGACCAGAGUGAGGAUCGCCGUGUGCGAACGUCUGGUUCUCUUGCCGGCCAUCUUCCAUAUGGUAUGGCCGACACGCUGGGCAAGAAUGAACACCUUUCAACCAUCGACCUUGUGGUGCCUCGAUACAACUCCACGGAGACCGAGACCCUGCUUGGUUUGUUUGAUGGGCAGGCUCUCUCCAGCGGAGGCUCCAAGAUUGCCAAGUAUCUGCAUGAGAACUUUGGCCACAUCUUUGGCAUGGAGCUGAAGGGCCUCAAAACGCGUCUCAAUGAGACACCGGCGGAUGCUUUGAGGCGUGCCUUCUUGUCUCUCAACAAAGAUCUUGUCACCGUGGCCAUCCAACACACCGAAGAGCGUUCGCAAAAGACGCAUAGGGGCUCUGCAACGCCGGUCGUGUUGAGCAAAGAAGACCUCAACUCUGGCGGUGUCGCCACCGUGGUCUAUCUUCAAAACACUGAGCUCUACGUCGCCAAUGUGGGCGACGCUCAAGCUAUGCUCAUUCAGACAGAUGGCUCCCACAAGAUCCUCACGCGGAAGCACGAUCCAGCUGAGCCGAGCGAGCGACAACGCAUUCGCGAGGCUGGAGGAUGGGUCUCUCGUAACGGCAGACUGAACGACCUGCUUGAGGUUUCCAGGGCCUUUGGCUAUGUAGACCUCAUGCCAGCGGUCCAAGCUGCGCCCUACGUCAGCAAUUUCACUAUCCGCGAGCAGGACGACAUCAUUCUGAUUGCCACAAGAGAAUUUUGGGAGUACUUGGAUCCCGCUCUGGUGGUUGACUUUGCGAGACAGGAGCGCGGUGACUUGAUGAGAGCAUCGCAAAAGCUUCGUGACUUGGCCAUCGCCUAUGGCGCCACCAACAAGAUUAUGGUCAUGAUGAUGAGCGUCGCCGAUCUUAAGAGGCGGGUUGAAAGAUCAAGGCUUCAUCGUGGCCAGAGCAUGUCUUUGUAUCCCUCGGGCGUACCAGAAGACCUUCAACAACCCCUGCGAAGAGGCAAGAGGAACAAAGCCGACGUUCUCGAUUCAAGUCUUCAACGUCUUGAGGCUGAGAUUCCAGCACCGACAGGCAACGUUUCUAUCGCCUUCACUGAUAUCAAGAACUCGACUACUUUGUGGGAGAUGUAUCCCGCUGCCAUGAGAUCUGCAAUUAAACUGCACAACGAAGUCAUGCGUCGGCAGCUGCGGAGAAUUGGUGGGUACGAGGUUAAGACUGAAGGAGAUGCAUUCAUGGUAUCUUUCCCGACAGCCACAUCGGCGCUGCUCUGGUGUUUUGCUGUGCAAAUGUCAUUACUGGAUGUCAACUGGCCUGCCGAAGUCAUCAACUCUGUUUCUUGCCAGGCACUUUACGACAAGGACAACGCCUUGAUCUUCAAGGGUCUCUCAGUACGCAUGGGCAUUCACUUCGGCGAAGCCGUCAGUGAGAUGGAUCCCGUCACGAGGCGUAUGGACUACUUUGGUCCAAUGGUCAACAAGGCUUCUCGUAUUUCGUCCGUAGCUGAUGGUGGGCAAAUCACCGUUUCAUCUGACUUCAUCUCGGAGAUCCAGCGCUGUUUGGAGAACUAUCAGGACACGGACAGAAACGGGUCGAUUGGGUCCGAAGAUACCUUUGAUGAUGACCAGAUGGGUUUGGCAAUCCGAAAAGAUCUGCGAUCUCUCAGCUCUCAGGGUUUCGAAGUGAAAGAAAUGGGUGAGAAGAAACUGAAGGGCCUCGAAAACCCGGAAGUCGUGUACUCCUUGUACCCGCAUGCACUUGCGGGCCGUAUCGAGCAUCACCAACAACAUGAGCAACGGACCGAAGUUGACAAACCGGCCAUUCUCCAGGCAGGCAGCCAGUUGGCUUUCGACACCGAAUCUAUCUGGGCUUUGUGGCGCGUCAGCUUGCGACUGGAGAUGCUGUGCAGCUCUCUAGAAAACGUGUCUGGCCAGGGCUUGCAACCACCCGAAACAGAGCUAUUGGAGAGAAUGAAACACCGAGGAGGUGAAGUCACGGAACGGUUCCUGCUCAAUUUCAUGGAGCAUCAAGUGAGCAGAAUAGAGACCUGCGUAACGAGCUUGUCGCUUCGUCAUAUUUCUUUCGGCAGCGCACCAUUGCAACAACUUGAGGACAUGCGAGGUCCUAUGAGCGACAUCCUUGACCAGGUUGCCAAGCAGAUGGCCGAGCUAGCAAGGUACAAAGCACUGUAUGGCGAGUUGAACGACAUUGAAGACGACGGGAGCGAAACGGAAUGA